AAAGUUAAAGCUGCUUUUAGCCAGACUGGUAUUCUCAUCCUACCUUGGCCUGCCCAAAGCCCCGAUUUGAAUCCAAUAAAAAACAUGUGGCAAGAAGUUGAAAGAUGUUUGCAAAAUUCUCCAGAUAAGCCUACAAGUAUUGAUGACUUAGAAAAAAAAGUUAUAGCAGCUUGGUAUUUAAUUCCACACAAAUUUUAUUGUGAAUUGGUGAAUAGUGUAGUUCAUCGA